AUGUCAGACACCUGGCUGACCCCAUCAAGAAAAAUCGUCAGACUGCUCCUCGCCCCGACCCCCAUCCUCACCUACAGCCUCUUCCACAGCUUGGUGCCCCCUGAUCCCUGCAAACAGGCUCUGCUCCUGGCCACACAGGCGGCUGGGCUGGCUGCAGGCUCUCAGUACCACGACGACGUGAAGCCGUUGAAGCAGAGACGAGCUCGGGCCAACUACAGCAGCUGGCAACUGGAGGAGCUGGAGAAGGCAUUUGAGAUGACCCAGUACCCUGACAUCUUCAUGAGGGAAGCCCUGGCUCUCAGACUGGACCUGAUCGAGGCCAGAGUUCAGGUUUGGUUUCAGAACCGCAGAGCUAAGAUGCGGAGACAAUGCAAGCUGCAGGGACGGCAGACAGACAGACAGCGAGAGCGAGAGCCCAGCCAGACAUCUCAGCCCCCGGCCCCCCAGCCCAACGACUGCGGAGCCCGCACACCUGGCUGCCCCUGGUCGGGGGGCCACAACACCCCCUCGCUGGUCGCUGCCCCUUUCCGGGCUGUGGUUCAGGCCAUCAAAGACAAUGUCACCCUCACUCCCACCUCCGAGGAGAUCCGCAGCUGUAGUAUUGCCACACUGAGGGCCAAAGCCAGGGAGCACGAAGCCGGGAUACACUGUGUCGCUGUGAGAAACCUCCCCGGCUCUGCUUCUCCAUCUCCAGACCAUGUGAGAGACACAUAGACACUGUAUAAUACAGAGUCCCUGUAACUGUGUAUGUGUGUGUGUGAG